AUGUCAUUGAACUUCAUUUCCUACGAUGACGACUUCUGCGGAUGCUGCGGAGCUAUUCUGGGGCUUCCACCAAGGGCACCGGCAACUGUCACAUGUAAAGUUUGUUCCACUCAGUGGGCUGUUAAAGAACGAGUUGAACAGUUAGUGAGCCGUAUCGAGAAGGUUUACGAAAGAACGGUGGCGGAUACAGAUGGAAUUGAAAAUGAUGAAUCGGCGGAUGCUGUUGUUGAGCAUAUCUGCUCAAAAUGUGGACAUACGAAAGCUGCUUACUCAACAAUGCAGACAAGAUCAGCAGAUGAAGGACAGACGGUGUUCUACACAUGUCUGAAGUGCAAACAUAAGGAAAUCGAAUACUCAUAG